GCCUGGCAUGACGGACAUGACAGUAUAAAUACGCGUCCGUUUCUCUUUCUCACAUUUUUGCAAGAUUGUUGAUGUUCUUUAUAAAAUACUAAAUUAUUAGUGAAUACUAAAGGUUAAAAAUAGUGUAAAAGGUGAAUUAUUAUCGGCCCGAAGCUGUUCCAUCGAUUUACGUUUCACUAAGAUCUAUCAAUGGCUUCAGAUUCGAAUCCUCGUUGUCGUAUCUGCCUACGGUACGAUGUGAACGAAUUAGUAUCCCUUUUUUGUACGUAUUUUCCCCAAAAACAACUGGUUGCGAACAUGAUCAGAGACACGCUUCGGCAGGGAAAACUCGACAGUCCUCACGCCAACGACGGACUGCCUCAGUUCGUUUGCGAUGACUGUGUCGAACGGUUGAACACCGCCUGCAGCUUUCGUAAACAGUGCAUUCGUACAAACAGCAUAUUCAGACGGAACAUUUUCCAAGGAAUAUCAAUCGAAGGUAGUGAAGAACGCUGCCGACUUUGCAACGAAACGGAUGUGGACGAAUUUAUAUCGGUGUUUUGUAUCUACGCCGGAGACAACAAAUUAAUAGCUGAUAUUAUAGAGGAUAGCAUUGGACUGGUGCGUCCGACAGAGCAUGAUAAACUUCCGCAAAACAUCUGUACGAAGUGUUUCGAACAAUUGACAACGACUUGCACAUUCAGAGAGUUUAUGCUCAAUUCGAUUAUGGAAUUCAAAGAAGAAAUGUCAGAAUUGAUUAAAGUCGAACCUUGUAUCGACGAUCCGUCUACUUAUCUUGUUGAAUAUUUGAACCAAGAGGAGGAUGGUUGGACGAUCCCAGAAAAGAAACGAAAAACCAACCCCUCUAGAUCACGUCAAACAGAAUGUGAAGAGCAAGAUCCGUUCAUUUAUUUAGAUUCACCCGAUUUAGAAGCAGAUCGAAUGUUGCCGCUGUUUCAUACUACUGAAGAUGCCGAAUAUUAUGAACAGUUGUACUUUGACGGAGUUAUAUGCUGCUGCGGUUUGUUAUUGGAAAAAGAAGAAGAAUUGGUAAAACAUCGGGCACUUUAUCACUCGAACAAAACGAAAGCAUGGAGCCCUAUCAAGUGCAAUGAUUGUAACAUGCGUUUCAAAUAUUCUCUAGAAUUAGCAGAACACCAAGAAAAUCGCAACAGAAAAUAUUAUUACCGAUGCAAGAUUUGCAAUGUAUUGACAAAAGAAAAAUUGAGCCUGGAGCUGCAUUUCGAGUUUACUCGUUUUCAUCCAAUACUAGAUUUGUCGGAAGAGGAACGGUUGAGCUUUGAUGAGAAAGUGGAAACAACUCAUAACGCAGAUAAUCGCUGUUGUGGCUGUAAUCUUGCUUUUCCUGACGGAGAAACACUUUUUGAACACAUCAAAAAAGUACAUCAGGGCGAUAUGGAAGGGUUUCCCCGAUUUCUUUGUCUGAUUUGUCACAGUAGUUUUUCUGAUAAACAGGCGUUGAUGAAACAUCAAAUGGCAUACAUUGGGACUAGAAUGUACGAGUGUCGUGAACCGAAAUGUGAAUAUAGUACGGAUCAACGUACGUUUAUGAAAAAGCACAUAGACGCUGGGGUUCAUCUGAUCCCAGAACCAUUGGAAUAUCUUCCGAUUGAGCCGGAGGCAGCGGAGUUCUUUUGCUGUUUUCGCAAUUGUUUGGAGAGUUUCGCGACAAUGUUAAACUUGGAGGAACAUGUCAGUACUGAACAUGGCGAACAACAGCUCGCAAACAGCUACUUUAGCCAGGAUGAAACCGAGGGAGUAUGUCCACUUUGCAAACGGCAUUUCCCAAAAGAAGAAUCCUUCGAGGCUCAUAUUCAGUCGCAAACCGUGCGAAACCACAUCUGUAGUUUCUGUGGUUGUAAGUUUCCCACUCGUGAUGCUCUUAAACACCACGAAAAGCGUAAUCAUUUGGCGUCUGUUCGGGUUACUUAUGAGUACCCUUGUUCGCAGUGUGAAGCUGUCUUUGCGAGUAAAUCUUCGCUCACAAAACAUGUGGUACGCGUUCACGAAGAUACCAAGGUGCCGUAUUCCGAAAUUUGUGAAACAUGCGGAAAAGGAUUUUAUAACAAACUCUCUAAGAAGCAGCAUAUAAUCAAUGUUCAUGUUACAGAUAAGCCCUUUAAGUGCAACCUGUGCUCGGUGGGUUUUGGUUCACGGGCACAGCAACAAAGACACCAGCUAACCCAUACCGGCAACAAGCCUUACAAAUGUUCGUACUGCUCAAAUGCGUAUAGUACUUCGGGUGACUGUAAUAGACACGAACGAGCUAUUCAUCUGAACGACAAACCUUUUCACUGCGAGAUGUGCGCCGCCAGUUUCAUUCGGAAUCGCGACCUACAGCUGCAUAUGACCGUACACACCGGCAAAAAGCUACACGCUUGUAACAUUGAUGAUUGCCAAUUUUCGACCAACAUUGCAAAACUUUUGAAGAAGCAUUGCAGCGAAGUUCACUGAUUUGACCCGCAUGAUGUUUUGGGUUGUUUCUCAAUUCCAUAAAAUCUGUUUUACGUCAAAUAUAUAAUUUUCUUUUGAAUAACAA